UGCUCGGCAGCAUCUCCAGGAGGCGUGCUGAGCCGCGCCACAAGAGGAGCAGAGCGGGCUUCCACCUGGACUCACCGCCACAUCCAAAAUAAAUAAGAGAAUAACAAUAAGCGAGGACGCGUUUUUGCUUUAGGAGGAGCUAAGCCUCCACCGACGGGGGUGGGAGAAAAAAAGAAAAGAAAACGGGAUGCCAUCCACGGAUCGAUCAGCUGGAGCGCGUUGAGGCUCAGAACGAUGCAGUCUCUUUUUGGCGGCGGGGAGCUCGGGCUGCUGGGAGGAGGAGGCAGCGACRCGGGAGGCCUAAAGGAGGAUGGCUGCGGCAGCAUGGCGUGGAGGACCUCGGCUCUUCCUUCUGACGACGUGUACUCCGCGUCCCACUUCACCCUCAUCUCCGCCUAUCAGGAAAUCAAAACGAGACUGGCCAGCCUGGAGCGAGAGAACACCAGCAUCAAGAGGAAGCUGAAGAUCUACGAAAUUAAGUUCCCAAUGAUCAGUGAGUUUGGUGAGGACACCAACUCCUACUGCUCUUUUGAGAGCAAAGACACGGCGCUGCUGCAGUCAGAAAAUGGCAACCUGCACCAGCGAGUCAACGUCCUGACCCAUGAGCUGCAGAAGAGAAAGGAAAGGGAGGAACAGCUGGAGGAUGUGAUCCAGGCCUAUGAGAAGAUCCACAUGGAAAAAAGCAACCUCCAGAGGGACCUUGACAAGAUGACGAACCUGGUGGAGAAGCAUGUCGAGCGAAUCCUGGGCCUGGAGUCUGCGCUGAGGCAGAGGGACGAGUCCCUGCAGAAGCUCAACAUCCAGCUGCACAACAAAGACAUGCAGUACCUGCAGCUCCACGGCGGCCCUGACAAACACAUGUUGGAUUGCCCAGCUCUGACCCUUCAGAGCUCGCGCAGCCUGGACACCCUGUCGGACCUGAAGCUKCAGCGGCUGGAGGCCGAGCUGGAAGGGGCGCGGCACGAGGCCCAGGGUGCGUGUCAGCGGGAGGAGGAGAUGAAGGCGGAGGUCGAGCGGCUGAAAGACGAGAUCAGACAGCUGCAGGAUGACCAGAGGGAGAGGGAAAUGACUUCUCCGUGCAAGCAGUGCGAUGUGGAGUGGAUAAAGAAGGUGGGAGAUGAGCAGGUGAAUUUGGCUCUUGCCUACACAGAGUUAACAGAGGAAGUGGGACGCCUCCAAGCGCUGUGCUCCAAGCAGACGGAGAUCCUGAGGAAGGCGGCGCAGGAGCCGGCCAGUCCAGUGCAGCUCCAUUCUCCCAUCCACCACCAGCGUCACUCUCCAGUUUCCCAGCGCCACUCCCCCAUCUCUCAGCGGCAUUCGCCAGUGCUGCCACAUCACUCCCCGAUCCAGCAGCGGCGCUCUCCGGUGCUGCAGCGCCUGUCCCCCGACAUGCACCGUCGCUCCCCGCUUCUGGACGUCAGCAAUGGACCUGCCUCCUAUUCCUACCGACCGCCCACCCAGCACCUGAGGGCCAGCUUCCAGGGUCGCCGCAGUUACUCGGAGGUAGCUGACCCCUCAGCCUACCAGUGCCCGCCUCGCUUCUCCUUAGACCCCGUCUCCACCCUGCCAAAGCCACGGCCCUACGUCGAGGGUUACCCAAAGCAGCAGCCCCAACACGUCGGCUCCCCUCACAGUGGACUGCAGCACCGCGGGUCCCCGUCGCCCCUUCAAGCUGCGGCAGGCGGAGACAGCAGCAUGGCGGAGAGCUCCAUGCGUCACUCCAGAGAGAUGCCUUUCCCCCUGUCAGAGGUGGCACACCUCCAUUUUGAGCCCCCUCCUCCUUCCCAGCCUGCCCCCCAACCGCCUCAGUCCUCUGAGGAUGAAGAGGAGUGGACUUGCCCCCAUCCCAUCAGCCCCCCAAGGACUCUUGGUGUGCUCUCUCCUGGUGUACCCAGCGGCGUCAUGAGGGGCCCAGCAUCCUGCACAGCCUUUCCCAUCCCUCAGAGGCCCAAUAACCUCAGCUGCCAUCCCCAGCAGGGGUACGCGACAUCAGAGCAUGCUCAGUCUUGGCCUUCCAUUAACCUCUGGAUGGAGAGCGAGGAGAACGACAUGAGGAGCUGCCCUCUCUGCCAACUGAUUUUCCCCGUCGGAUAUCCCGACGACGCUCUCAUCAAGCACAUUGACUCCCACCUGGAGAACAGCAAGAUAUGAUCGCCCAUGGGCCUAACAAACCCAAACACCUGCUCUCUUUCCUCUUACAGGUUUAUAUGAGUGCAGUCGAUCCGUCCAAGUAGAGAGACACAUGUAGGAAUCACAUUUAGGGGGUGAACCACUUAGAUUUGUGUCGUAAUCUGUAGGGAUUGAUAGAAAACAACAGAGAGGAUUAUAAUUUUUUUUUUUUUUUUUUGGAGAAGUUCUGAAACACAGACCCGUCUUGGAUUUGUGGGCCCCAUCAUUAGAGUUCUUUACAGACAGGUCUGCCUCUAUACUCUCUGGAUCUGAUUGUUUUGGCUCUUAGUUUGGUUGUGAAGUCUGAAUAAAGUUUCAGAUACCUUCGUUAUUUUUCCACUUUGCGGUGUAGCGCGCCUUUAUUUAGCCGAGUAUGCCAACCCUGAUGCAUGAGAGGCACAGCGGCAGGUUCAAGGGUUCAGCACGCCUUAAAGUUAGUCUCAGUUUUUAUCGGUAUUUAAUCAGGGAGAUUUGAGUAAUCAGUCUGAAUAACAUGUAGAUUAUUUUGCAGUUAUCCUGUUCAGCAGGAGCCAAGGGCAAACCAAGACGUGUAGGAAUGUGCUUUUUGAUUGUGAAAGAAGUUUUUUGCUAAGUGACACGGGUAGGGAGAUUUUACUUGGUUGCUUUUUAAAAGAAAAGAGAAACAAACAAGGCAGUUACGGGAGAAUAAAGCAUUCCAAUUUCACAUUUACCUUCGAGCAAAGUGACUGGACAAGCUGGAGAAAAUGAACCCUGAGUGAGUUUAUUUUACACAAAAACAGUUUUGACGAUGCCCUGCAGGGAAGGGCUGCUGCGAGGAAAUUUCUUCUGUUUUUUUUUGUCGUUUUUGUUAAUGACAGUGAAGUUUUAGUCAGAAUAUUCCUUUUAUGCUUGCGGCCUGUUCAAAAAGUAUCCUAGCACUUUAAGUUAACAUAGCCUAGAAAAUGUAUUUGUUGUCAGUGUCCAUAUACAUCAAUCAGCCACAACGUUAGUGAAGUCCGAUUAUCUUUGACCUGGGAGCAAGAGAACGGUGAAUUCUGCAGGACGGUAAAUCUAAAUUAGCUCGAGAAGCGAUGACUGUUUCAGAGAAAUAUCAAAUUAUUCCAUCCAGGAGCAACUUUAGCUUCUCUAGUUUAAAUAAGCAACCAAGACUUGAACGUGGGGAGCAAAGGUCGGCCUAUUAAGGGUUCUGAUGCAUGUCGAACGUUACAGCGUAGACCGGAUAGUCACAAAUCGGUCAGGAGCUUAAAAAAACAGGCUGACCUGGAACUGGAUCGUGGCGCAUAGUUCCUUUUCUUGUGAGCAGAUGGCAACAAAGUAAAGAUGGAGAGCGGGAACUUUUGGAUCUUGUGGUACACAACACCCACCUAAUCAUUGUUGCAUGUUCAUAGCAACAGCAGUGUCCUCUUUACGAAUGAUUACAUGCCCUGUAAACAUCACCUGAGUGAUGUGCUGGACAAUUACUUCCUAUACACCUACCUUACGUCCUUGUGAACUCCUGCACAGAGGGCGCCGCGUUUGGGAGGUGCUUUGACAGUCGAGACUGAUUGAUGUGUAGAUUCUCAAGUGUCUAAUUUACUUUUUAUUUUGUCUACAUCCACAAGACAAAAUCUGUACAUGGAAGAUAUAUUUUUGCAAUGUUUAAAUGUUUAUGCACCACAUGUGUGACGUCGGUGACAAGUUUCUCCCACGUGUUUUGCACACCACUGUAAAUGUAAAUGGGAGACGAUGGUCAAAUUCCCACCACAGGAGGUAGGUUCCUGUACAAAAGCAAAAUUAUCCAAUGGGGAAUCUCCUCCAUCUUCCUCGAGCUCCAAUCUUUCACAACAGUUUGAUGUCAAGCGGCCCAGACAACCUAACAAAAAAAAAGUCUAAAAACCAAGCUGCAUGAGAUUUCUAUCUGAAAUACUUUAACCGAACAGAUGAAACGGCUCCUGGCAGCAGAGUUAUUUUUGCAGGGCUUAAGCAAAGACAAUACUCUUCUUUUGAUACCUGGAUUUCUUUAUUUUUAACCACUGAGAUGACUUAGUUUAAGAUCUACUUGUGGUACUUUGUAAAACGAAAAAGGAAAAAAGAAACGAUAUCACACUGAUGUCACUUGCUCUGAGGUUUUCAGUCACAAACAUUUUGUAACGUGGGGCGGUCUCUCACACAGCAGCCCAUUUCUUUUAACUGGCUAAAAGUUUUUUUUGUUUGUUUUUUAAGAGAUGAAAUGCUGUGAAUUGGAGUUAUGCAGAGCAGUGAUGUUUUCAGGAAGGCUGCAGAAUAGAGUUCUGGCUUUACUGAUAAGGUUUGGAGAAGGAAAACAAAAGAUCCCUUGAUAGUUGUAUUAGAUUAAAGGACAACUCUGCUUUAUUACCUCUAUUAUUACCUUCAGUUUAUGUGGCCACGGGGAUGGCCAAACGUUACUCAGCUUCUCCACAUUAAACCCAUCGGCACACGUUGUGUUGUGUUGCAUCUAUUUGUGAACAUGCUCCUUAACUACACCAAGAAAUACUCUAUUAUCUGAGUGUAAAAGCAGCAACAGCUGGCGUAUCCUGCUGCUUUUUUUACUUUAAACUGGAACGCUGUUAAAUUGAACACGRCAUUCCCAUCCCCACAUUCCUAUUUAUUUUGUUUCCAGUUUCUCGUGAAACACAGAAUUACAAAAUAACCUGCACUGACACUAAUUUGUAAAAGCUGCCUGCUAGUGGUAUAGCCAAGUACUAAAACAAGCUAGCACUGGUUUUUGAUUUUCGCUUUUUAAUAACUAAUGUCUUGUAAAAUACUAGUCCUGCAUAACGAUGCUUUAGUUCAAUGCUUAAGAUAAAUAUCCCAGAUUGUUGUAAAACUUUUGAGAUAUUGACUUGCCACAAUUGAAACCAAAAUUUCAAUAUUUUAAUGCACAUCUUUAAGGAGAGAAAAAAAAAUAUUUUCAAACUUUUAGUGAUUUUUUAAAAUUACCUAAGUCCAAUUUCAAAGGCUAAUGAAGCAUCAUUAAAACUAGAUAAUCUGGAAGUACAGAGCUGUAACAUUAAGGAAUUAAGUUUAGUUGAAAAAAAUACUAAUGUUAAGUCACCAAACUGAAAAUGCUUUCACAAGAUAAUUAGUAAAUUAUUUUAUCUGGCUAAACGCAAAGUUUUAACAAGACGCGCUCUACAAGCAGACUAGUGUUGCUCUUUAUUUUCUUUUCGUAGCAAUAGCUAAUGAACAAUCCAGUUUUAAUUCUGAAUUAUUAAUGUAAUUGUUAAAAAUAAAUACAUUUUCUGAAUUUUUCAUAGUUUUUCCUAUAAAGUAACGUACAAAUAGGUAAAAAGCUAUGCCCAGAGACGUAAAAUUACUGAAGUUUAGUCAUUUUAGCUGACCUCUUGAAGUGACAGUUACGCAAUGAAAAAUCUGUGUAAAGUACACACUUUCAGUUUUAUAUUCAAAACCAAUGAUAAGUUUUAGAAAUCACAGCUCUUUGUUAUGUGAAACCCCCUUUAUUCAGAAAUGACAUUAAACGACGUCAGCCUUCCAUAUGCUGCGUGAAACAAACACUCGGGAGUUUCUAUUCUUACAUUAUAAACACAAGAUUGUCGAGCGGCAGCAAAUCAUUUAAACAUUCUCGUACGCAUAAGAAUCCAUUGCAUUGUUUUCAUCUCCUAAAAGUUCAAGCGUUUUCAGGGGCAGAAGAGAGAAAUCUACAAAUAACGACCUCUCUUUUUCCUCCUUUUCUUUUCUGGGGGGACGUGGGUGGUGAGGAAAGCAGUGUUCACCACCGCCGCCAACCAGCUUCCUGGGGGAAACCCUGAAAACUAUUCUGAAUUUCACAAGAAACAAGUGAAGUUCGAAGAAGUCUUAAAAAAAAAAAAAAAAAGAAAAAAGUCACCCAAUUCGGUUACUUUUACAUCAGCCGUAACCAUCCCCGUCACCUCAUUACAGUUCUUCCUGUUUAUGUGCCGUUUUUUUUUUUGUUUUUAUUAUUAUUAUGUUUUUUUGUUGUUUUUUUUUUGCUGUAGCUAUGUAAAUUGAUCAAACUGUAUUAAAACAGUAUUGUCCCUCGAAGCCUCCCCCAGAAGCUUGAGGCUACAUUCGACCCUUAAUUCAACGGGGUCCCCAUAUUCUCACGUAUUCUCCGCUGUAUGUGCAGUAUGUUCUUCUAUUAUUACGUGUGAAAAUAUUUAGAAUUUUGUACAGUUAUUUUGCAAGUGUUUUAAGACUGAUGCAACAUGUACUUUAUUAUUCCACAACUUCAAAUUGGAGUGUAUGUAAAUCUAUAUAUCUAUGUAUAAACCCACAAGAGUAAACAUGAAUUGUUAUACGCGAGUAAAAAUCCCUGCAAUCUUCCA